GGAUAGGGUGGGUCAUUAACAGAGACAGAAACAGCUGAAGGAUAGCAGUAAUCUCUGAAGGCACCACAACCUUUAGCUUUAUUGCUGCCUGCCGGUGUCCUGAACCCUCGUUGUCAGGGAUACCUCUCCAUGGAGACGCACUCCCAAAGGUAGAGGGCUUUAAGGGAAAGGAGACCCUCACCUUGAUGGAGCAACAAGUCAAGAGAGAAGAUGAAGAAGGAAAGACCGUUGUAGUAGUGCAGAGAUAAGAGGGAAGGUCACCUGUGGGGGAACAAGUGGAGUGGAAAUCAACAGAAGGAAAGAAGAAGAAAGAGUUGGAUGAAGUUGUAUUUUCAGGAUGGGCUAUGAUCUGGAGAGGUUUGUGGGCUAUGUGAAUGAGGGUCUCCUUUGCUGUGUGUGUCGAGACGUGUUGGAGCGCCCCCUCCAGGCGCCCUGUGAACAUGCCUACUGCAGCGCCUGCAUCAGCAGCUGGCUGGUCCAUCACCACUCCUGUCCAGAGGACAGACUUCCACUGGACGUGGGCAGUCUCAAACCACUGUACAGGUAUAUGCGUAAUGACCUGAACCGCUUGCAGCUACGAUGUGUGAACGCAGGGCAGGGCUGCGAGGUGGUCUGCACACUGGAGAGCCUGCACACACACGAGGAUGAGUGCGAGUUUGCCUUCAUUUCCUGCUCUAACACGGGUUGUCCUGUGCAGGUAGAGAGACAAGGUUUGGAGGCUCACCUGUCCGAAUGUAACUUCCGCAGCAGGGAGUGUCCCAACGGCUGUGGACACACCCUCCUCUCCAUCGACCAAUCACAGCAUAACUGUGUAGCAGAGCUGCGCACAGAAGUGGAGAUGCUCAGGGCAGAGAUGCUGUGCAAGGUGGAGGAGGUGAGACGAGAGAUGGAGUCUCGGUUGGACUCGCAGAGGAGACACAUGGUGCAGAAAGAGUCGCAGCUGAGGAACGACAUGGAGGAAAUCAAGGGUCAGUUGUCCCGUGUGAUGUGUGACAUGCGAGCCCUGUUAGGAGCAGAGCGUCUGAGAAGACAGGAGCUGGCGGAAGUAGAGCUGGAGAAGAGGGAGCUGUUGGAGCUCCUCAGAGACCUGCAGCCGACCAGGAGUCAGCAUCCUGUCGAACAGGAAUCCAGGGACCAGCAGACGUCUGGAUGGGAGCGACACACAGAGUCGACCAGACACCAGCAGAGGGAGGCGUCUUUACACGCCUCCAGUCUUUCACUACAUUCAGCUCAGGCCGUUAAUGUAUCCGGUCCACCUCCAUCACCUAAGCUGGGAGAGGGGACGCGCAAGAGCGGCACCAGGAGCCUGACGCUAGACUGCAUCAAGAGGAAGAGCCGGGAGGUGACGGUCAUCUGAGGAGACUGGACUGGGUGGAGGUUAGCCAAACCAGAAAAGAUUAAAUCUUUAUUU